GAAACUAGCUAUUUCCAUUGCGGGAAAUGCUCGCAAAGCUGCAGCUACGGCGACCAAUGUCGCGGGGGCACAUGUGAAUACCUAUGUGCCGACCUGCAAACGGACAAAGACCACUGUGGCGCCUGUCGUGCCAAGUGCGCAUGGGGAAACCAGUGCAUUGGCGGCAAAUGCAUCUGCGACAACGGUCAAGCCGGGUGCUUGCUCGAGGAUGAUUACCAGCCGAUAUGGGAGUGCCCCGACUUCUCCACCAACUGGGCUCAUUGCGGGGGAUGUGGCAUUGUCUGUGGCAACAGCAAGAAAUGCGUCGACGGCAAAUGCGUAGGUUGCCCAGCAAGUCAUCCCGACUCGUGCGGUGACGAUUGCCUCAAUCUUCAGACGGAUCUGCAGCACUGCGGCGCCUGCAGUACCAGGUGCGCACCGGAUGCGAUCUCUUGCACAGACGGCAAGUGUCAGUGCCCACCCGGCAAGACGUCAUGCGGUGUCUAUUCCAUGUCCUGUGUUGAAACCUCGAGCGACACUAGUCAUUGCGGGGGAUGCUUUCAGCCAUGCGAGCAGGGCAAAAAUUGUGUAGCCGGAGUCUGC